CUUUUCGUGGUCUCGGGAACUGAUGACUUUCACUUUUAGAGAUUUCCUACGGACGCAGCUUGUACCCGUUUGACUCUGAACUAUGAGCGACGCGAAACGUCAGCGCUUGGCCUCUCCUCCUUCCACCCCGAUCGACGAAGGGAAUCAGACCGGAUACCAUACACGCCAGAAAGAGCAAGGAGGCUACCAGGGCUAUCGGUUCGCUGAGAAAGUGGAGGGCGCUCCAGAUCCGAUCCUGGACGUGCUUUCUCCUGCCAUGGACCCUCAAUCUUUCUUUGAAAAUUACGUGUCGAAACGAAGGCCUUGUGUUCUGAGUGGUCUCCCGUCUGAUUGGAAACACGCCGUAACCGUUGAGAAGAUGCUCGAGCGAGCUGGAGACGGCAAAGUUCAGGUCGAGAGGAGAUCCGACAAACAUUCGCCAUUCGGUCAAAACCGAAACGACGACCGACAAGUCGAUAUGACGUUUCGAGAAUUUGUUGGGAAACUACGAGGGGAAGAGAAAGAUCUCUUCUAUCUUUCAACGCAAUCAACCGAGACCAGCCAAAACACGUCGCUUUUUCUGACGCCUUGUCUUCAGCUUUUGGAGUCGGGUGAUCUUCCUGGAAAGUUGAAAAUCGCUGGAAAUCUGGUGCUGCAAUCUUGCAACGUUUGGAUGGGAGCGGCUGUGGGAUCGAGUGGUUUACAUCACGACUUUCACGACAACUUUUAUGUGCUUUUGUCCGGCCGCAAAUCUUUUCUCCUGUACCCGCCGUCGGAAGCGGCGCACAUUCCUACGUACGGAACAAUUGACAAGGUCCAUCCAAAUGGGCUGAUAUCGUACCAGAGCCGCCCUACGAGAGCAGAUGGUGUACCCGACUCAAUUACACAGGCGAAAAUGUCAGACGAAGUAGAGAGUGAGAACGAGAGCGCCGACAGUAGCGACGACGAGGAUGAAGCUGUUUUAGGUAGGGGAUUUGACUAUGCGAGCGAUACAGAGAAUGAUGACGCGUCCGCGUUUCUCCACGGCGACCACGAUGAAUACGAAACUUUAAUUCGUGAAGAGGGCGAAAGUCAGGGUUACAAGACUGUUCUACGCGACGAGGCGAGACCUGAUCAUUUUGCGAAACCUGUCGGUGCAUCUUGUGGCGAACCAAAUGCAAAUCCAGGCAUUGGAUGCCAGAUCGACCUUCAGGCGGGCCAGUGCCUCUAUUUACCAGCCAGUUGGUUCCAUUCUGUUACGUCGUACACAGAGGACUUCGAAGGUGGCAAUUCGAUUGGUCCUCACAUAGCUUUCAACUAUUGGUUUCACCCGCCUGAUCGAAAUUGUUUUUUAGCCCCGUAUACCGACGACCACUGGAGACACGAAGAUUCAAAUAGAUGA